AAUUUCUUCGUCAAUAAUCUCUCUCAUGGUGGAUGUGUGGACCCUACUUUACCUCCAACCAGCGGCGCCAUUAGUCUUUACUUGGUUUGAAAGCUCACCCACCUCCCUUUUCUCUCUCUUUCUAUCUCAAUCACCCCCCAUCCCCAAUUUAUAUUAUUUAUUAUUCUCCCCUAUGAACUACUUCAACCUUCCAAAACCCUUAUCGUCUCUCUCUCAAAUCUCAGCCCCCAUCUUUCUUGCUCCUUCCCAUAUCCCCUUGUUCUUUUUCUUCAAUUUUAAAAAACAAACAACUUCUAUCUUUAUUUUAUUACUAAAUUCUACUUAUUGAAAAGAAUCAUUUGUUUUUUUAUUAUCAUUUAUACACAAAUAUAUAUAAAAAAUCCAUUUACAAACAUGAAAGGUGAAUAUUUAGAAUCCAAAAAUCAGAACCCCAAUAACAUGUUCUCAAAGCUCCACCACCACCAGCACCACCCUCAUCAACAUCAACAUCAACAUCAACCCCAACACCAAACUCACCUUUUCUCUCAUCACUUCCAACUCUCUCGUGAUUCUCAGACUCCCGACUCUGAUGACACUACCCACACCCCUCCCAAAGAUCUUACCACCAACCACAGCCCUUCUCUCCCCAGUGGUGGUGGCAACGGCGGUGCUUCUCGUGGUGGUGCCAACAGUGGCGACGGUGCUAGCAUCGAAAUCGUUCGUAGACCCAGAGGUCGUCCUCCGGGCUCGAAGAAUAAGCCGAAGCCGCCCGUCAUAAUCACUCACGAGCCCGACCCUGCGAUGAGUCCUUACAUUCUCGAAAUCCCCGGAGGGAACGACAUCGUCGAAGCUAUCUCCCGGUUCUCUCGUCGCAAGAACAUUGGAAUCUGCGUGCUCACGGGAUCUGGGACCGUUUCUAACGUGACGCUCCGUCAACCUUCUUCAGCAACUCCGGGAGCUACCAUAACUUUCCAUGGCAGAUUCGACAUCUUGUCCCUCUCCGCCACGUUCCUAUCCCAAACGACGUCGUGUCAUGUGCCCAACACGUUCUCCAUCUCUUUGGCCGGUCCUCAAGGCCAGAUCGUUGGUGGGUUCGUAGCUGGCUCGUUGGUAGCAGCGGGCAACGUGUUUAUAGUGGCUGCUACGUUCAACAACCCUUCGUACCAUCGGUUACCCGUUGAAGAAGAAGGGAGGAACGCGGUGUCGUCUGGUGGUGCUGGUGGACAGUCCCCACCUUUAUCCGGUGGCGGGGGGGAUAGUAGUCACGGCGGUGGGGCAGAUUCUUGUGGGGUUUCGAUGUACAACAGUCACAUGGGUGGUUCAGAUGUCAUUUGGGCUCCAACAGCUAGACCACCACCACCGCCUUACUAAUGACUUACAAGUUUUUUUUAGCUUUUUCGGCUUUCUCUUUUUAAAAAAAAUUUUCAUCUCUGAAAGCACUGUGAAUUAAUGGAGGUUUAGAAUUUUUUUCCCCUUUUAUGAGUUAUGUAGUUUCCUGUACUUUCGUUCCAUCAAAUGAUCCUUAAUUAUCUUCGUUUAAA